AUGUCGAAUACGAGUGCUAAAGAUAUACGGAAAAAUAAGCCAAAAAGGGGAACCGGCUUCGAUUUACUCGAAGUUACUGAGUCAUUGGGCUACCAGACUCACAGAAAAAACGGGAGAAACUCAUGGUCAAAAGACGAUGAUAAUAUGCUACGAUCACUGGUUAAUGAAUCCGCAAAGGAGCUGGGCUACGAAAAUGGGCUUGAAGACGUUAAAACAAUUCAACAAUCAAACCAUCUUUCUAAAUGUAUAGCUUGGGAUGUUUUGGCAACACGCUUUAAACACACAGUUAGGACUUCCAAGGAUGUAAGAAAACGUUGGACAGGGUCUCUCGAUCCAAACUUGAAGAAAGGUAAAUGGACCCAAGAAGAGGAUGACCAGCUUUUAAAAGCUUAUGAAGAACAUGGACCUCACUGGCUGAGUAUUUCCAUGGAUAUUCCCGGAAGAACAGAAGACCAAUGCGCCAAAAGAUAUAUUGAAGUCCUAGGGCCUGGAAGUAAGGGAAGACUGAGAGAAUGGACUCUGGGAGAAGAUUUAAGUCUAAUAAGUAAAGUGAAGGCGUAUGGUACGAAAUGGAGAAAAAUAUCGUCAGAAAUGGAAUUCAGGCCAAGUUUAACGUGUAGAAAUAGAUGGAGAAAGAUUAUUACCAUGGUGGUACGAGGGCAAGCAUCGGAGGUGAUAACUAAGGCUAUAAAAGAAAAUAAGAACAUAGAUAUGACAGAUGGUAAGCUCCGACAACAACCUAUCAUGGAUGCGGAUAUACGAUCCGAUUUCAGGUCAAAUACAGAAGAAAAUUUGCAAGCAUCUCGAGAGAAUAAAGCUUCAUUGAUAAAGCAGGAUAUAUUAACUAUCAAAGAUAACGAAUCAAGUAAAUUACCAAAAUUAAAGGAUAGUAACGAUGCAGAUAGUUUGAGCGACAGCAAGCAACAACUGUUGCCGCCAUUAAAAGACAUUUCUGUACCUCCGCCAAUAAGAAUGAUGCAAGUUAGCCAGCCACAUACAAGCAGUAGUAGAAAUAAGAUCCCUCUACCUGUUGAAGAUCUUUCUUCAAUCAAUAAGCAUAGCCCUGGCGGAAUUCCCGAUAGUCCCCAAGCAACUCUUCCACCAACAUUUAACCCAGCAUCCCUCGAUGAGCAUAUGAUGAAUAACACUGGCAUUACAGAUCCUCUAAAACAAAAUGAUUCUACCUUGAGAACAAGAGAACCAAAUUCCUCUAGCACCCAAUGGAAGUUCACUUUGAAAGAUGGACAAGGUUUAUCAAUAUCGAAUGGAACUAUCGACAGUACGAGGUUAGUAAAGGAACUAGUUGAUCAAGCUAAGAAGUACUCUUUGAAAAUAUCGAUACAUCAGCAUAUUCAUAACCACUAUGUCACACCCACAGACAAUACUGCUAGUAAUAACAAUAGUGUGCCGAACACUGCAAAUGUUAAUGGAAAUUCUUUACUAAUUGACAAUUUCCCACAUAUGGGUAGACAAUUGGGAAAUGGCCUUUCAGGGUUGAGUUCAACCAAUGAUACCUUUAGCCCAGAAUACCGAACCUCUCUUGAUAAUAUGGAUAAUGAUUUUUUAUCUAGAACACCGAAUUAUAAUGCAUUCAGUUUGGAACCAACCUCGCACAACUCCACUGAUAACACUAAUGAACUUGGAUCGCAAAGCAAUAGAGGGACAGACAGCCCAUCCGUGUUUUAUCCUCAGGCAAGAGCAUUGAUGCCAACCAACUCAAACGUUACUAACAAUGAAAUCAAUCCAGGAAAUGUCAGUACUAAUAGUAUGUCUCCUAAUUUUAAUGGAAGAAACGGUACAGCACCAAGCUCUACAGCAUCUUAUACAACCAGUGGUUCGGAAAUACCACCAGAUGUGGGACCGAACAGAAUAACACAUUUUAAUUAUUUACCUCCAACGAUACGACCUCAUUUGGGCUCAUCAGAUGCGACAAGAGGUGCUGACUUGAAUAAAUUACUCAAUCCAUCCCCAAAUUCAGUAAGAAGCAAUGGAAGUAAAAGCAACCAGAAAGAGAAAAAAAAGAGCGAGCCGCCCGGUCACCAUUCUUCUUCCUCUCUGACGACCAACAAAUUUAACCGUAUUGAUCAGUCCGAGAUUUCAAGAACAACAUCAAGAUCCGAUACUCCGUUAAGAGACGAAGAUGGUUUGGAUUUUUGGGAAACUUUGAGAUCUUUAGCCACUACGAACCCACAGCCUCCAGUUGAGAAGCCUACUGAAGGUAACGAAACCACAUCCCAUGUAGUACACCAGGGCAUCGUAGCACAUACAGGGGAAAGCGGUUUAGGUUCCAACAGUGAGGGAUACGAUUUUUUUAAUGAAUUACUGGAUAAGAAGGCUGAUACAUUACAUAACGAAGCUAAGCAGCAAAAAGACCUUGAUAUGACGUCUGGUGGCUCUACCGAUAAUGGGUCCGUUUUGCCAUUGAAUCCAAGCUGA